AUGGGCCAACCGGAACUUGCUAAAAGAGUUAAGCCUGAAAUUAUAUCUAUACCCGGUUUUGAUGACCUAAAAUUGAUCCGACCAAAAGCUUUUCCAGACAGUAGAGGUUUUUUUAUUGAAUCAUAUAACAUUUCUGAUUGGGAGUCAAAACUGGGAUUUUGUGAAAUUUUUAAACAGGACAAUCAUUCGUUCUCAAAAUUUGGCGUACUUCGUGGAUUACAUAUCCAACCAGGUAUGGGUAAACUUGUUACUGUGAUAUCUGGUAAAAUUUUUGAUGUUGCGGUUGAUGCAAGGCCAGAUUCAAAGACUUAUGGAAAAUGGCAUGCAGAAGUUCUUGAUUCCACUCGACCGCAUUUUUGGAUUCCCGAUGGCUUUCUUCACGGCUUUUAUACUAUGUCUCCAGAAGGAGCUCAUGUUGUCUACAAGUGCACAGACGUAUACAAUCCUGAUACGGAGUUUGGUGUAGACCCAUUUGAUCGUGACAUUGCUGUCUCAUGGCCAAUAUCUAAGAAGGAAGACCUGAUUAUCAGUGAUCGAGAUCGGUCACAUGGCAGUUUUAGAUCAAUUUUAGAAAAAUUUGACGUAAUAUUGUAA